AUGCACAGAGUGCUAGAUGGCAUUAGGAAAUAUAACGAGCCUGAAAUCAGGAUCGUCAAAGAGAUGGCUGAUGUCAAGAUGAAUAAUGAGGACCUUCCUGUUGUUGAGACCCCCACCACCUUCAACGUGAGCUCCUUUAGCAGUCAAAACAGUCAUUUCAUUCACUUCAAUGGCCCGGGCACGCAGGACCCCCAUGUGCCUGAUGAGUUGCCCACUGAGGCGUCCGCCCAACUGCCUGUGUAUAAAACACUUAACAUUCAGAUCCCACCCAGCCCAGGUGUGCCCAUCAUCAAGGUCCAGCCCUAUUUUGAUGUUUCUCUGUCUCUCUUAGGAGAAGACCUUUCAGACUUUAAGUCUUUGUGUUGGCCGUACAUAUCUCGCAGAUUGCUGGCACUGCUCAUUAGCUUAGGUUUGAUAAUAGCUCUGACUCUGGCUCUAGGAAUUGGUUUAGGAGUGGGUCUGGAGAGUUGUUCCGGAAAAUUCCGCUGUGUGUUGUCUGUUCGGUGUAUCAGUGUAGCUGCUGUUUGUGAUGGAGUCCAGGACUGUGGAGAAGGAGAAGAUGAACUGAACUGUGUGCGUGUGAGUGGAAAGAGCUCAGUUCUGCAGGUGUUCAACAGGGGUUCAUGGAGGACUGUGUGUUUUGAAGGUUGGAAUACCAACCUGAGCUCUUUAGCAUGCAGACAACUGGGAUACAACAGCUACGUGAACUCUAAUGCCAUUCCUAUCACAUCCAUUGAAGCCAUCUUCAAGAACAGUCUAGUAGCUCUUAACAUCAACCAACAAGCCCUUCGAGAAAACUUCAAGAUCCACACCGCCUCCUUCCUCAGAAAGACUCGGUGCAGUUCUGGUACAGUGACUGUUCUCAAAUGUAUAGAGUGUGGCUCCAGGCCAGCUAUCAGGAGUCGUAUUGUAGGGGGAAAUGUUUCGAGCCCUGGGCAGGUCCCAUGGCAGGUCAGCUUGCAUUACCAGAACCAGCAUCUCUGUGGAGGAUCAAUCAUCAGUGACCGGUGGAUAGUCACUGCUGCUCACUGUGUCUAUGGUUUCGCUCAGCCACUGUUAUGGUCAGUGCAUGCUGGGAUUAUAGAUCAGCCAGUGAGUGGAUCUGAAGCUCUUUCUGUGGAGAAAAUCAUCUACCAUACUAGCUACAAUCCAGAGGGACUCAACUAUGACAUAGCAUUAAUAAAGCUAAAGCUUCCUUUGUCUUUUAACGAUCAGGUGGUACCUAUCUGUUUGCCCGGUUAUGGUGAAACCUUUGAGGCUGGACAGAUGUGUUUGAUCUCAGGCUGGGGAGCCACACAGGAUGGUGGAGAGGCCAGUAUAUCCCUUCACACUGCUCAGGUGCCCUUACUCUCCAGUGGAGAGUGCCGCAGGCUGGUGAGUCUCUCUUCAUGGGACAUUUGUGCAGGAUACCUGAAGGGUGGGGCUGGAACAUGUCAGGGGGACAGCGGAGGGCAUCUGGCCUGUCGGGGGUCAUUAUGGACACUGGUGGGGGCAGCCAGCUCGGCUCAGAGCUGUGGAAAGGAGAACAAACCAGGAGUUUACACCAGCAUAACACAAGCUCUUAUGUGGAUUCACCAACAAAUGGAGAAAGCAGAAGAUCAGAGUCAGGGAGCAUCUCAUGGUGGACGAGCUCCUGCUGAAUUAUGGAUCUGAUCAACUGAAAGAAUUUGUAGUUUGGCAUGACCUAGUAGCCAAAUGAGGCUUUUGAAAGAUAAUUUAUGUCAUAUAGUGAUGUGUUUUACAGUCAUGUUCAAAGACACUGAUACAAAUAUUCACAGUUGACAAUUUCUUUGUAAUUUAUUGCACUAUUAAUUUAUUUGUGACCAAAUUCAUCAUUUAAUUUGUCAUUGCAUAUUUAUCACUGGCUCUAUGCAUGCAUGUCUGAGCAUUUCGGUGUAUAUUUUGGUACUGAAGGCCAACAAUUGUACACACACUUAAGAUGCAUCAAAUGUAUUUAUGUAGAGAUUUAUGUCAUAUAAUACUAAAGUUCUUGAGUCUCUAUUCUGCUCCUCCAAAAUUUCCAUAUUUUUGCCUUCCACUUUCAGUUUUUGUAUUGAAUACACAAAACGUUCCUCAAAAAUGAAUAAUGAUCUUAAUGAACCCAAAAUCAGA